CAGAAGUUUUACAACACCUGUACCUUCUUCUCUUUCACCACCGCACGCUCCUUCCAAAUUACAAUUCAAGACCACUCAACUCUUCACACCUCCACAAGUUUAUGUAAAUUCCAUUUUUCUCCUCUGUAUAUUCUGUAUCUAACUUCAAGAUUUAACCCAUGUCUAACUCUGGUUAAUCUCCCUUCUGAUUAUUUUAACCCCGUUUAUGCAUAAAAACAAAACUUUAAUCCACCACCAUGAACCUACAUUGAACAAAUGUCACUCAUAUCACCCCUUUCUUCACCAUUUCUUUGAUAAAUUUGGGAAGAUUUUACCCUUUAUUUUUGUCGUUCACUCGGGACAGUAUCCCUCUCUCGAACCACUAAUUACCAUAAUACCAUUUCAUACAAAACAAAACAAAUUCAAGUCACCACCAUUAACAACUCUCCAUUUUCUCAAGUCAGUGAGCUAAAAAUCGAAAAACGAAAAUGGAGAUUUCGAAACAUAAGACGGGUCCAGGAGAGAGAAGAAGGAGGAGCCGUCUUCACCAGGUGAAGCAAAGCGCGUCUUUGAGUCAGAAUACUACUGAAUUAACUCAAAACCAGGACUUGUUCUCUGGGCCUGCCUUCAAUAUUCGGAGAAAGCCUAGAAUGGGCAGCAGGGUGAAGCGAAUUGGCCUUGAAUGCCUGAAAAUUUCCAGCGCUCAUAUGCCAUCUGCUUUCGCCGCACGUGAAAUUGAUCCCGAUACUCUUGAAUAUCUAUUUGGUAAGGUGCUCAAGAAAAGCGAUGUAGGCUCCCUCAGAAGAAUGAUCAUUCCAAAGAAAUCUGCGGAGAAUUAUCUUCCUGAUCUCGAGUUCAAGGACGGCAUUCAAAUCAGCAUGUAUGACAUGGAUGGCAUUCAUGAGUGGGGAUUCAAGUUCAGAUUCUGGCCAAAUAACAGCAGUCGGAUGUAUGUGCUCGAGAACACUGGGGACUUCGUGAGCACACAUGGCUUGCACGCAGGGGACAGCAUUGCUGUGUACAGAUGUAUGGAAAGUGGAAAACUCGUUAUUGAAGCUAGAAGAGUCGGAGAUCUGUACGUAGGAGACGAUCAAGAAAAUGCUGAGAAAGACAAACCAAUUACUGAUCGCAUUCCUACUUUCGAUGAGAUAGAGAUGAUCUUAUCUUAUGAUAUCCCUUUCGCUUUUCAUGACGACCCUGCCCUCGAUUUUCUUGGCCAACCAGCUCAAGACUACUCAAAAGUUGAACCAGUACAGAUGAUGAUGGAAAACUCAAAAAUUGAAUCAAUGGCAGGCAUGGAAUCUAUUGACAACUUCUCAAUUGAUGAAUGGAUAAACAUAUAAGAAAAAUGAUGUUACUUAAUAUGUUAGAUAUCCAAAGCAUGCUUGUCCGAUAAAUACAGAAUGCAAUAAACAGAACAAAGUAUUCUGCUACCUUCUUUUGAUU